UGUGUUUGGGGUAUGAAUAAUCAAAACAACCUGGUCACUCUGUGCUCCAAAAUAAUUUUUAUUUAUUAGAUUGAUAAAAAUUAAGGAAAACAAAGCACCCCUUGGAAAAUAGUUCAACACCAGCAACAGGUUUUCCUUGAAAACUACAACCAUGGUGUGCGUACCUUGCUUUAUCAUUCCACUGCUGCUGUAUAUUUGGCACAAGUUCAUUCAGCCGAUCGUUCUGCGCUACUGGAAUCCCUGGGAGAAGAAGGAUGCCGAGGGCAAUGUGAUCAAGAAGGGUCCCGACUUCCCCUUCGAGUGCAAGGGCGGCGUUUGUCCCUUCGUUCCGGGGUCCAAGAAGACCCCCACCAUUGACGGUGAUGCCAAGGAUUCCGAAAAUCCUCACACAACAACGAGUACAGCAGCAACACCGGUGGCGGAGGAAACCAAGAAGGAAAUCUAGUCGACUUUUAACAACAAAUAUUAUCCUAAUAUGUAGUAAUUUUUUUUGCUUGUCUAUAAGAAAAACCACGCACACAACACAAACUAAUUCAACAUCAUCAGGCGAUGUGUGGUGGGCGGCGGUCGGUUUGGGGGCGUGGCCCCGAGGGAACACUAAAAACACUUAACGAGUAAUUAUUUUAAAUUAAAUGUACACCUUGACCACACGAAA